AUGAAGUACCUUUCUCUCGAGGCGGCCCUGCUCAUUGGCUCGUUGCUGCCUACGUCUACCAAUGCUCUGGACCUAGUCCGGAGACAGGCUGCAGCCAAUGCUACGUACAAGGACCCCAAUGCUUCGGUCGAUGACCGGGUUGCAGAUCUACUCUCACGCAUGACCAUCGAAGAGAAGACAUCUCAACUCAUCCAAGGUGACAUUUCUAACUGGAUCAAUACGACGACCAAUGCUUUCAAUGCCACUGGUAUAGCUUGGAACUUCGAAAAGCGCGGAGCCCUAGUCCAGACCGAGGGUAUCCACGGGCUGCUCGUCGGCAACGCAACUGUGUUCAAUAGCCCGAUCGCCCACGCUUGCUCAUGGGACCCUGAGGCUAUUCACGAUAUGGCUGUAAUUAUCGGAAAAGAAUCCCAAGCCCUUGGUAUCAACCAAAUAUUUGCGCCAGUUGUGGAUUUGGCGCGCGAGCUUCGAUUUGGCAGAGUCGAAGAGACUUAUGGAGAGGAUCACUACCUUGCUGGAGAAUUCGGAUACAGCUAUGUCAAAGGUGUCCAAAGCCAGAAGGUCGCUGCCACCGUCAAGCACUAUGCUGGGUUCUCAGCACCAGAACAGGGGAUCAAUACUGGGCCUGUACACGGUGGUGAACGUGAGCUAAGAACUACGUGGCUCCCCUCCUUCAAACGCACUAUCAUUGACGGCGGCGCAUUGAGUAUUAUGGGAGCUUACCACUCGUACGAUGGCAUUCCAUCAGUUGCAGACCAUCAUCUCCAGGAGACUAUUCUACGCGAGGAAUGGGGCUACGAGUACUUCAUCACCUCAGAUGCCGGUGCUACAGAUCGUCUGUGCUGCACGUUCAAGCUAUGCCAGUGCAAGACUGAAGAUAAGCCGAUCGACAAAGAGGCUGUGACAUUGUACACUCUUCCCAACGGAAACGAUGUCGAGAUGGGUGGUGGCUCGUACAACUUUGAGAUCAUUCCACAGCUCGUUGAAGAGGGCAAGCUCGAUAUCGAGGUUGUUGACAGAGCAGUCGCUCGUCAGCUCAGGGCAAAGUUUGCCUUGGGUCUUUUCGAGCACCCAUAUAACGCCCUACCAGCGGCCGAGACUAAGUCCGUCAUUCACACCGCUGAGAGCGUCGCCUUUUCUCGCAAGCUAGACGCUGAGUCUAUUGUGCUCCUAGAAAACCAGAACCGAACCCUUCCUCUGUCUAAAUCAGCCAACAUCGCUGUUAUUGGUCCAAUGGCCAACUUCACCAACUACGGUGACUAUGUCGUCAAGGAAGCUGCGAUCAAUCCUGCCAACGUCAACCCUCUCCAAGGUAUUCAAGAAGCCACAAACGGUACCGUCACUUUUGUGCAAGGCUGUGAGCGCUGGUCUUCAGACGAAUCCGGCUUCCCUGAAGCCAUCGCUGCUGCUGAAGCUGCAGAUGUCGCUGUCGUUUUAGUGGGUACUUGGUCGCGUGAUCAAUUCGAACUUUGGCGAGGAAUCAACGCUACAACUGGAGAACACGUCGAUGUAGCCUCCCUUAACCUGGUCGGUGCUAUGGGCCCGCUGGUUCAAGCCGUUAUCUCCACCGGAAAGCCCACCAUCGUCGUCUAUAGCUCCGGCAAGCCCAUCACCGAGCCUUGGAUCAGUGAAAACGCCGCGGCCCUUGUGCAGCAAUUCUAUCCUGGCGAACAAGGCGGCCACGCCCUCGCCGACGUCCUCUUCGGUGACGUGAACCCUUCUGGCAAGCUGUCCGUCUCGUUCCCGUAUGAUGUCGGCACUCUACCGAUCUACUACGACUACCUCAACUCCGGACGAUACACCGAACCAGGAAAGGUUUGGCCGAACGGCACGCUCGAGUUCGGACACCAGUAUGUGCUCAACAACCCCCAGCCGCUUUACGAAUUUGGCUACGGACUGUCCUACUCCAACUUCACCUUCUCCAAUAUAAGUCUCAGCAAGACCGAGGUGUCGCCUGAUGACAAGAUCACGGCAACCGUAAGUGUCACAAAUGAGGGACAGUGGGACGGCAAGGAGGUGGUGCAGAUAUAUGUGCAGGAUGUCAUCGCCAGUAUCGUCGUGCCCAAUAUCGAGCUCAAGGGGUUCAAGAAGGUUCUUAUCCCAGCUGGAGAGACUGUAGAUGUCAGCGUCGAUCUAGAUGUGAGCAAAUGGGGCCUCUGGAAUGGCACCAUGAAGUAUGUGGUUGAGAAAGGCGAUUUCAUUGUGCACGCUGGUGCUAGUUCGAAGGACCUGAGAGCAAACGGUACCGUAACUGUGGUUUGAUAGAGUAUGAGCCCG